AUGACACAUGAAGUCAACAUAUCUGUGCCUGGUCUUGGGGCAAAACUGAGUGAUGUCCUUUAUCUUUAUCAACAAAACAGAAUCCUCUGUGACUGCUGUAUACAGUGUAGUGAUGGAGAAGUUUAUGCCCAUAAAAUCAUCCUGGCCAUGUGGGGAAUGUUUGGCUUCUACAUUGACACUAUUGACACAAUUCAGGCUUUAGGAUUCACAACUGCAGAUGUUAAUAACUUUAUGAAGUUAAUUUAUUCAGGGAAAAAUUUCUUUACAUAUGCAGAAGCAUUAGAAAUGUGCAGAUUUGGAAAUCAUAUAGGCGUGAACCUUUUAGUACCUGUGUGUGUAAGUUUGAAUUCACAAGAAAUGACUAUUGACAAACAUUUAGAAACAGUUAUCACAGAUUUCAUGUCAUCUGGAGUCCCAGGAGUGUACUCCAACACUCUUCAUGUUAGGUUUGAGUCGAGCUAUAAUAGGAAUAUAAUGAGUUCAGCGAAUGUCAGAUGUAAGGAACCACAGAGAGAUUCUUCUCAGUCAGUGAGGGAGGGGCAUCAUUCUCCUGAUGUUGAUAUGACAGAAGUUAAGGAGGAAGAUCAAUGGGAAGUUGCUGAAGGAGAAUCAUCUGAUGAUGUCACUGUACCACAAAGUGAACAGGUGUCUAUGACAUCUCAAGAAAAAAACUUAGCUGAAGCCGGGACUGAUGAUACAUCAGAAACAAAUGAAAAUAGAACUAAAGAUAUAACAGGUGAACAGAAAAAAGUGUAUAAGAAUGAAGAGGAAACAAAAUCCCAGAUACAUUCAAAUUUGGCUUUUACAGAAAGUACUGGUAAUUUAGAACAGCUGGAAAUACAUGCCAGAGGUAAGGAUACUGACUAUCCUAGCAAGAUAACAAGAAGAAUCGUGAAAACAAUCUUGCUGACGAAGUGUAAGCACUGUCGCAAAAUGAAAUUGCAAAGUCCCUUUCUGUACAAUGAGAAAACAAUGGAAGGAAAAGAAAAAUUCAAAUUGCAUUGUGCUCAUUCGCAUGAGUUGGCACGGCUGAGUGAUAUUGCUUGUGACAUCUGUGGCUUUAGCUACAAAAGAUGUACUGCAGAGACUUACAUGGACCAUAGAGUACGUAAACACGGAGUCACUGAUUAUGAUACCAAUGUUUUCACGAAGAAAUACUGUGAUGUAGAGAACUGCCAAUUUUGGGCAAUAUGUAGAUGUAAAGUAAAGGUACACAAAGAAAAGGUUCACCUGAGUCAGUCGGCCAUCUGUAACAUUUGUGGAGCUGUGUUAAAGAACUCAGAUAGUUUAAGAAGCCACGUGCUCCAACACAAAGAGACAUCCCACCAGUGUGAAAUCUGUGGCAAGACUCUGACUACACGUACUGGUUUGAAGGUACAUAUUGAGGCAGUGCAUGAGGGGAAAUAUAAGUCUGUAGGAUUCUGUAGCCAUUGUAAUAAAAGCUUCAGAGCUCGGUAUACCUACUUCAAUCAUAUGUACCGGGAACACAAGGAGAUUCCACAGGGCAUGAAAGGGUUCCAUUGUGGUGAGUGUGACUUUGUGACCCCCCAGAAAUCAAUGAUGAAGAGUCAUGAGUUGAGACACAAGGAACUCAAAGGGAUUAAGAUUGAAAAGAAGCAUAAAUGUCAAAUUUGUGCUAAAGCGUUCUUUUCCGAGGUCAAGCGAAAUAGCCAUGUACAGGAGUAUCACGUCAAAAAAGUUUACCAGCAGUGCCCUUAUGAUAACUGUAACAAGGUUUUCUACAAAGAGCGGAAUUUGCUGACCCAUGUCAGAGCCCUUCAUGAGAUUGGAAAGGUAUUUCAGUGUCAUGCCUGCCCUUAUAAGUGUAAUCGGCAAGGAAAUCUUGUGAAACACAUUCGUACAGUCCACAAAGAAGAUGUAUCCACUCAGCAUUCUCGACGGAAACAGGCCAUGUUGUCAGGGAAAGGUUACCAUGAAGCAGUUGGUCAAAUUCUUAGGGAGAAUCCGGAAGAUGGAAAGGGCAGUGAGGAGGAGGGGGACACUUCACUCUGAGCAGAAUUUGUUUGAAACCCAGAUCACUCAGAGCAGGGGGAUAGUUCACUCUGAGCAGGGAGAGAGUGCACUCUGUGUAGUGAGGCAGAUCACUCAGAGCAGGGGGAUAGUUCACUCUGAGCAGGGAGAGAGUGCACUCUGUGUAGUGAGGCAGAUCACUCAGAGCAGGGGGAUAGUUCACUCUGAGCAGGGAGAGGGUGCACUCUGUGUAGUGAGGCAGAUCACUCUUAGCAGGGGGAUAGUUCACUCUGAGCAGGGAGAUAGUGCACUCUGUGUAGUGAGGCAGAUCACUCUUAGCAGGGGGAUAGUUCACUCUGAGCAGGGGGUACAGUUCACUCUGAGUGAGGGGAAAUUUUACUCUGAGCAGAGGGAUAGCAGGGGGGCAGUUUACUGUAGAAGUUUUAUUUAUAUUAAAUUAGACUCUGCAUAUACCAGUGCUUCAAUAAGCACCAUUGUCUUUAUCCCCUUCAGUUUGUACACUGUAAAGAGUUUGCUUUGGAUGCUGCAUCCCACCAUAUAUAUUUCUCUGAUAAACACCAGUAGAGAGCAUUUGGAGUUUUUCCUUUCCAAAAUCAGUAGAAUCCCAGGCUGGAUAAACCUUAGUGCAUCUAUAUAAGUGAAUGAAGUUCCUGUGUCUGACCUACAUUUCCUAUUGAGUAGCCUGGAGAAAUUUUUUUCAGAGCAUGCAUUGGUCAGGUAACUAUGUCUUAGGAUUUUCUGGUGGCCCUGGUUGUUAUUGGAGCCCAUGCAUUUUAUUAUAACAAGAGAUCGAGUGAUAUUAAGGUGUAUCAUCUAUGAAAGAAUGUUCAUGUUUUUGCUUUUAUUGUUUGAAUAAAAGUAUGCUUUUGUA